AUGGUCGGACGGGCGAGCAAUGCGAGAUCGGCUACACCGGCCGUUGGGAACGGCUCCUUUGGCGUUGUCCUCAGCGCUCAACUCGUUGUUGGAUCCGUCCAUCCCUCUGGCAAAGAAGAGGUCGCAAUCAAGAAAGUCUUGCAAGAUAAACAAUUCAAAAAUCGAGAGCUCCAAAUUAUGAAACUGCUCAUCCAUCCAAACGUUGUUUAUCUACGUGCUUAUCUCUAUUUGAUAUUUUUGAACUUGGUGAUUGAGGAUGUGCCCAAAACCGUGUACCGGGCCUCCCGCCACUACUCCAAAUUAAAUCAGGUCAUGCCGAUCUUGAACAUCAAGCUAUACGUCUAUCAGCUCUUGCAAUCGCUAGCCUACGUCCACUCACUUGGAAUAUGCCAUCAAGACAUUAAGCCUCAGAACUUGUUAUUAAACCCCUUGACCGGAGUGCUCAAGUUGUGUCAUUUUGGAUUGGCAAAGAUCUUGGUGGCUGGAGAACCGAACGUCAGUUUGUUCGAUGUACUACUGAGCACCACACCAGAGCUGAUUUUUGGGGCAACCAACUACACCACUAACAUUGGUCAGUCCCCACAGUCAAUAACCCCUCAAGUCUUGUGA